AUGGCCGGCGUCCCGGAGGCCGUGGAAGCGGCAAAGCGGCAUCCAGUCAGGAUCAUCCCUGGCGUUGAGAUCAGCGCCGUGCACUCGCCUAGUGACGAAUCAGGGUCAGGGGCUGAGGAACCCGUGCACAUUCUUGCAUACUACGGUAGCUGGGGUCCUGCUAGACCUCAAGAACUAGAGAGGUUUCUAGCCGGUAUCAGGGAGGGCCGAUAUGCGCGCGCAAACGAGAUGUUACUGAAGCUUAGGGGCCUUGGCAUGCCAAUGAAGUUGGAAGAUGUGUGUACGAUAGCUGGGAAUGGAGUGGCUCCCGGCAGAUUGCAUGUGGCCCGUGCCAUGGUUGAUGCUGGAUAUGUGGAGGAUCUCAGGCAGGCUUUUAGCAGGUAUUUGUACGACGGAGGACCUGCUUAUGCCACAGGUAGUGAACCGAGUGCGGAAUCUGUGGUGCAGCUAGUUUGUCGAACUGGGGGUGUAGCAGUUUUAGCUCAUCCGUGGGCACUGAGAAAUCCUGGUGCUGUGAUAAAGAAUUUGAAAGCAGCUGGUUUGCAUGGUAUUGAGGUCUAUCGAAGCGAUGGGAAAGUAUCUGGGUUGAGUGAUCUAGCUGAUACGUAUGAGCUUCUAAAGCUUGGCGGAUCAGAUUUCCAUGGACGGGAUGACAAGGAGGAACCUGACGUGGGAAGUGUUGAUCUUCCAGUCUUGGCUGUUUUUAAAUUUCUUGAGAUAGCUAAGCCAAUCUGGCAUAACGCAAUCAGGAAAAUAUUUGCAAGUAUCUCCGAAAGGACUACCGACUUGAAUGGAUCCAACGGAUUCCAACGGAUAAGUUCAGCUGGAGAUUUCUGCAUUCCGCGCCAUUCUUCUGAGGACCCAGAGCUGACAAGCGUUUCUGAGGUUGAUGUCCUCCGAACAGAAGUUACAGAUAUUGUGCUCACAUAUCAUGAACUUGUUGUGAAUUUGUUGUAA